UAGAACUCUACGGGACAGUCGUCUGGUGUGGACAGUCAACCAAAUAGUGGUGAAAUGACUGCAGCAGUUCACUGGUCCAGUGAUGAUAUUGACGAUGCAUUGGCCGCUGAUUUCGACGGCAGUUUAUCGGGUCUGGGAAUGGAGCUUGGUACAAAUUCGUUCAAUUUUUCCAGCGCUCUCAUGGCUCUGCCUAAUCUGAGUGGUCUUAAACACGAGCACCAACACCAUCACCACAGCCAUCAUCUCAAUAGCCAUCACCACCACAGCCAUCACCACCAGCACAGUGUCGCCCAUUCAUCGAAUCACCAAAACUCUCGCACUUCUCAUUCCGAAGGCUCCACAACCGACAGGAGUAAUGGCGCCUCUCCUCUACUCCACACCAACUCCGAUGAGACCAACCGUCCCAUAGCUGUAGUUCACGGCAAGAAGAAUCGACUCGCCUAUGGAACUGAGGACGAAGUGGUCACCACUGCUAUCAAGAGAUUCUGUUUGAGUAACGAAAGGGAAAGCAAUCUAAACGAACACAACAACCGAUUCCUUGUGUCCAACAGUUAUAUCAAUGACGACGAGUGCAAUGACGAGUGCGCUGACGAUAUCCGUUGCCAACCCCGACACUCCUCCUCUGUUCCCGAUCUUCGGACUACUGUCCCCGGAGUGACCACUCAGUCGCACUCCACCGCAUCCUCGCCGUCGUCCUCAUCGACACCCACUCCGACCAACCCAUCAGUUUUGGCGCAAAUACUAUCGGUUCAACAAUUCAUAGCCAACUCUCCGCCGCCCACUCAUGAAGCCGUUCCGUCCAAUCCAUUGGGCACUAGAAGUGCCACCAAAUUCCAGUACGUGUUGGGAGCGGCCACCAGUAUGGCUGUCAAACUGCACGAGGAGACUAUGACUUACUUGAAUCAGGGCCAAUCAUAUGAAAUAAAAUUGAAAAAAGUGGGGGAUUUGACAGAAAUGAGAGGAAAAAUGCUUAAAACCAUUCUUAGGGUUGGAUUUCAAGAAAGACGUCUUCAAUAUAUGGAAAAAGAGUUGAUAUCUCAAUGGAAACAUCAAAGGCCUUCGGAAAGGAUUCUUGAGGUCGACGUUCCCCUCUCUUAUGGAGUCCACGAUAUAUUCGAUGACCCGAAAGAUGUGAACAAAUGUGAAUUCUUUUGGGAUCCGACCAAAGAAACGGGAGUUUUCGUCAAAGUCAAUUGCAUUAGUACUGAGUUUACGCCUAAAAAACAUGGCGGAGAGAAAGGGGUUCCGUUUCGGAUUGUGAUCGAGACGUACCCACACAACGGCCACAGCCCGGCCUCCUGUCUGCACGCGGCCUCGUGUCAGGUGAAAGUGUUUAAGCCUAAGGGCGCUGAUCGCAAGCAUAAGACAGAUCGCGAGAAAAUGGGCAAAAAGCCGCUCUCGGAACAGGAGAAGUUCCAGCCCUCCUAUGACUGCACUGUUUUCAUUGAUUGCUCGCUAGACUCGCUGUUCUCCUUCAGUGCACCCGUAUCUCAAUCUACCUCUACCUCCAUCUCAAACAUAGACCCCAACCCCUCGAAGACUAAUGAUUCAAUUAAAUGCUUAUCGCCUGAACACUCGUCAACACCUAAACCGCUCGUAAUCAGCAGUUAUUGUGACAGCGAUUCGUCACACGAUUUAGUGAUUAAUACUUUGCCGACCACUCAGUCCGCCAACAGUGCCUUCAAAGCACUGGCUAUCGACUCGGACGCCGAACAGACCACUAAAUGGCUGCAAACGAAUCGAUUCAGUUCUUACACGAGAACGUUCUCCAACUUCGCCGGCGCCGACAUCUUAAGGCUCACGCGUGAAGAUCUCAUUCAAAUCUGUGGCCUUACGGACGGCAUUCGGCUUUUUAAUGCAUUACACGCACGGACUAUAAGACCUCGGCUUACGGUUUAUGUGAGCUCACAAUCCGAUGAACUCUAUCGCGCCGUCUAUUUAGAGAAUUUAACGGUUCAUGAAUUGACGGCCAAAUUAAAUACAAUUUUAUUACCAAAUAAUAAGAUCAAAUUGAGUCGAAUCUGUUUGUGCGGACCGUCCGGUAUUCAUAUUUUAGUCACCGAUGAUGUCGUUCGCAAUCUUUCUGAAGAAUCAAUGUUUUUAGUGGAACUGAAGAAAGAUCAAAGCGGAGGCAAACUUCAGGCCCUACUUAAACCAUUUAAUAAUUGA